AACAAGGAGCACCUUCUAAUUCACAACCUAUCCCUGAAAAUAUUGAAUUUAUAAUUCCCCUUGACAAGGACAACGAACAAACAUUACAACAAGCUGUUACUUUAUCCUUACAAGAUUCAGCUGACGAAAACUUCACUGAAUCUGAACCUAUUCAACUUGACAACUAA